UUGGUUUGUCAAGACUGCUCCAUUCUGCUAUUCCUUGAAAUCAAAGGUUCUGUUUUCCAAAAUUUCUUCUUACUCGCGGUAAGUAAAAAUUGGAUUUGCUACAAGUGUUAUAAGAAUGGAUGUCACUGAUUCGCUUUGCAUCAAACUUAAAAUCCAUAAUUUCAUUUGCAUAUUUAAAAAGGAAGAAACAGCUGUGAAAUAGCCUAUGUUUUAAAAGUGUUGGCAAACAAAGUUCUUUCAUUGCCUCUGUAGAAGAAUUAAAACUAGGUAAACUGUGCUCAUUAAGAUGAGAGCAGAUACAUUUUCCCAAAGUCAACUCCCGACGUUAUUUAUUACACAGUACGCAAUCAUUUCGCAACUUAUUUGGCGUGACAUACUUUCUAAAUUCAUCGAAACCGAUUGCCAUCGUCAGAAAACAGACGCUUGUUUACCGUUUUGGAAAGUGAAGGAACAUGGAGAACGUAUAUCGAGCUCCUUUAUCCAUUUUUUCAGUUUCUUCCCACCACAUCAGAGAACAAUGGCGUUCACAAACUUUGCUGGAGGAGAAAACCAGACGGAAGCAUAUGAAAAACUUCAAUGUUCGUCCGGUUUGACAGAGAGAAUGAAUGUACACUUGAUAUAUAUAUCAGCGUUCAACAUUUUGUUAUCCAUCACUGCCUCGCUUGGAAAUGCUCUGAUCCUAAUUGCCCUUCACAAGGAGUCUUCCCUUCAUCCGCCAUCCAAGCUCUUCCUUCUAUGUCUCGCAUCAACGGAUAUCUGUAUUGGUCUAAUUGCAGAGCCCCUUGGCAUUAUCCGUUGGAUUUCUAUGGUUACGGAAGAUUGGAAUCUGUGUCGAUAUUCGCUCCCCUCGUAUUUUAUUACGGGCUACACCUUGUCUUCAGUAUCUCUGUUAACAAUAACUGCAAUAAGCGUAGACAGACUCCUGGCGUUGGUGUUGGGGUUGAAAUACAGGCAAGUUGUAACUUUGAAGCGAACAUAUGUUAUUUUGGUUACCUUCUGCGUUGUGUCCACGGUCGCAGCCACAUCGUACCUUGCAAAUGACGUUAUUACCUACUGGUAUGGCAUACUAGUGAUACUGUCGUGUAUGUUUACCUCAAUCAUCUGCUACACAAAGAUUUUCCUGAUUCUUCGACAUCAUCAAACCCAGGAACGAGGCCAUGGUCAACGAGAACGACCGAGCCAAACAAUUUCACUGAACAUGGCACGAUACAAGAAGGCAGUGUCCAGUGCAAUGUGGUUACAGUUUGCGUUAGUAGUUUGUUAUCUUCCGUAUGGUGUUAUGUCGGCUUUGUACAGCAGAGGACUAUCUUCAUCCAGUUUUCUUCCUUGGCAAUUAGCAGUGACUCUAGUUUACCUUCACUCGUCGUUAAACCCGUUUCUUUACUGCUGGAAGAUUCCUGAAGUGAGACAAGCUGUAAAGAAUACAACCAGGCAAAUUCUUUGCUGUUCAUCGAGUUAAUUCACUCCAACAAUAUAUAUUUUUAAUUCGUUAAAAGAGUAAGGUUAAAAAAUGAAAGCAGUUCAGAGGGAUAUUUCAUCAAAUUAAAACUUGCAGUUCAUUCCCACUCUCCCAGAGUAGAGAUUUAAAAUGUGAGGUGAAACCUUAUGUGCGCCUACAAACUCAAAGUAUAAAAUUGCUUGUAUUAAAAGCCCUUUGUUUUUCUACGUUCACAGUCUAACAUCUGCAAUGCGAUAUAAUAUCAUCAACGUAAUGAGACACCCCACUGUCACAGGAAGAGAGCUUUUUGAAGCAGACUGGAAAUAACAAGACAAUCGUUAGUUUCUCUCUUCGUCAAGUAAUUUGGUAACAUUUUUUAAAGAAAGUUCAUACUGGAAAGUGCUACAUAUUAAGUCGCUUUAGGAGGAAGUCUAAAGAACGUCUUACGUGCUUUUACAAAGUAGUCUUUCUUUAAGGUUACCGUAAACCUUCGCGGGUGUCCUUAGCGAAAAAAAUAUUACCGCGC